AUGGAUUUCCAUAGCCGGCGUGUUCUCACCAUUGACUACAAAGGGUCAUCGUUCUAUACGAAAUCUGACGGGAUAUAUCGGAAUGAAAGAUCGCCGUUAGCGGGGCUUCGCUAUGAACUGAAGAGCUACGAUGACCAUACGAAGUGGUGGUUUCGCAUCGAUAAAUCUCUCAAGUUCAAGUCUUCAAAAUUUCAAACCAAGCCACCACCGCCACCCAAAACCGCGCCUACACCUUUCCGCAGACCAGUUCCAAUUCCUUCGGCCAAGCAGCGCGUCGUUCGUUGCAUCUGGCCCCGAGAUCCCAAUGGACCUGUGUUGGCCGACCUACCUAGCGGCAAGGUCGCUGAGAACAAUCAGCGAGUCUGGGGCGCCACGCUUGAUGAUUUCUAUUACGUACGGCCUUUUCCUAAAGCUUCAAGCGUUACAACUAGGAUGUGCGGGAGCAGGCUGGCGGCGUGGAUGAAGGAGAUUCGGGAGGUUGAGCAUGCGAAGGAGGAGAUCAAGCGGGCCGAAGCGGAGGAACAUCCUCGAGAGGUUUUUCCGUGCGACAUCGGUAGACUUCUCGAUGACGAGGACUCCGGUACCCUGACUUGGAGACCAUUAGAGCAACUCGUAGUGGCGUACGUGGAGAAUGACGAAGAGAAUCUUGCUCCGACGAGGCCUCAGAAUCAUCCGGACAAAACAGCUUACGUGUUUCAGCAGCGAAUACCCUAUCAUCUUUUACCGGAAAAGCUUGUCGUCCACGACGACGGUGGUACUCUUCGUGCGUUGAACAACGAUUAUCCCAGGCUACCAAAGAAAAGUCACGUUUACCGACUCUAUGUCUCUUCCCACGUCAAGCAAGAUAUCGUUCAGCAGCGCUCGGCUGUUCAGAAAGAGCACGUUGCCGCCCAUUCUAAAGGCGGCAUGCUCUUCGUCCCCUCUUCUCUUGAAAUCGCCAUCGUCUCCCCAUCUUGCUGCACAGGCCCAGGCUCUGGGGCGAUCUUCGCCAAAUUUUCCAAAAAGCCAGCACUACCGCUUUCCACCCCGGAAGCGCAUCUGUACCUUUCACCCGAGCGCAUCGUUGGACGAGGGCAUCACUCCGUCGUGUACAGUGCCGAGUGGGAAGUCCCUCGUACAUGGCUACCCAGCUUCCAGCCAAGGGUUUGUGAGCAAUGCGCCUGCCGUGUGUUGCUGGAGAAGUUCAAGAAGGAUAUGCCUGAAGUAGAAGUGGACAAGACACAAUAUAUCGGGAACCAAAUAUCCAUCUUCGUCAUGGAGGCAGCCAGACGGUCGGGUGGAGUAGGUUCCAGAUGCGAGUCAGAUGUCGGCAAGAUAGAGACGGGGUGCGAAGGGCCGGUGCGGGAGAUUGACAUCGACGUACGGUGGCAGGGUCCUGGGACGUAUUGCGAGCACGAAAGACGCCGAAGCAACAAGACGACGUUCCGGACGCUUGUCACAGCGAAGCUCUCCUUCGAAUGCGAUGAACAUCUCGAACAAGAGGCGAAGAAUUAUCAGCAGUUCCCAGCGCAUUUCUUCCAGCAUUGGAGCGGAUACAACAUCGUGGCGCCGUUGCACGAUCCGACUCCCAUCGGGGCGGUUGUUCCCCAGUUCUAUGGGUAUUACGUGCCGGAGAGGGUUUAUGAUGAUGAUGGGGGAUACCUCAGUCCGAUCUUGCUAUUGGAAGAUUGCGGGACGCCUAUCGAUAUUGAUACCUUGGACAUUGAUGAUAGGCAGGAAUGCGCCUCCUUGCUGUUUCGUUUCCACCACGAAGGGUGGUUGCAUGGGUCGGUGUUUCCAAGAAAUAUCGUGGUGCAGCAUGGAGACGUCGAGGAUUGGCCGGAGUGUAGGAGACAUUCGGAUCGGAGGUUCAGGUUGAUUGACUUUGGGCGGUCAGAGAAGGGGGAUACGGUGACGGAGUCGUGGAAGGCGCAACAAUUGUUGAAGAAACGAGUACCUUUGCUAUUGAUUUCGUCAGCACGGGAUGAUGGACAUGUAAGCCGUAUCUUGAGCCUCUUCCGCUCUCUUCUUUGGACUGACACUUUGUUACUGUAGAUUUGGCGAUGAUGACACUCAUCGCCGCUCAGUAGACGGAUAUUUCAAGUGUCUGUCAUCAUUUGUUGUACG